AGUGGCAGUGUCCCAAAACACAACCAGUGGUGAUGUAAAGGACAAGCCUCCCUCACCUCAGCCAGUGGGACGGACACCACAGACACUAUUUAAGGAAGGGGAACACCACCUCAGAAACCAACAAGCGCUCCAAAGCAGGUGAAACACCAUCAGCUGAAAGGGAGCCAAAUCCCCACUGACAUCCAUCCAACUCAACUAUUGUGAUCACUAUUUCAAAGCCCUCAACGAGACCCACUGCAGCUGCAGUAAUGCCCCCAGAGCUGAAAGCUGAGGUCAACGUCAUGCCUAAGGUUAUCCAGGGGGACUUGGAGAGCCUACCUCCACAAGUGAGGGAGUUCAUUGAAAGCAAUGCCAAGCUGUGCCAGCCUGAGAGCAUUCAUAUCUGUGAUGGCUCAGAAGAAGAAAACAAGAAAAUUCUGGACAUCAUGGUGGAGCAAGGCAUGGUCAGGAAGCUGAGCAAGUACGAGAACUGCUGGUUGGCUCUCACUGACCCAAGAGACGUAGCAAGAAUCGAGAGCAAAACUGUCAUUAUCACUCAAGAACAGAGAGAUACCAUUCCAAUCCCUAAAACUGGAACUAGCCAGCUGGGUCGCUGGAUGUCGGAAGAGGAUUUUGAGAAAGCUUUCAACAUCAGAUUCCCGGGCUGCAUGCAAGGACGCACAAUGUACGUCAUCCCCUUCAGCAUGGGCCCUAUUGCAUCUCCUUUAGCCAAGAUUGGGAUUGAGCUGACAGAUUCUCCAUAUGUGGUGGCUAGCAUGAGGAUCAUGACACGGAUGGGAACAGCUGUUCUGAAAGCCCUGGGCACUGGAGAGUUUGUGAAAUGCCUUCAUUCAGUUGGAUGUCCUCUACCUCUAAAAGAACCAUUAAUCAACAACUGGCCAUGCAACCCAGAGUUAACACUGAUUGCUCAUCUCCCGGAUCGCAGAGAGAUCAUUUCAUUUGGCAGCGGCUACGGAGGAAACUCCUUACUGGGGAAAAAAUGCUUUGCUCUUAGAAUUGCCAGCAGAAUUGCCAAGGAAGAGGGCUGGCUAGCAGAACACAUGCUGAUUCUUGGAAUUACAAAUCCAGAAGGUGAAAAGAAGUAUUUUGCUGCAGCAUUCCCCAGUGCAUGUGGAAAAACCAACUUGGCCAUGAUGAACCCAAGCCUGCCAGGAUGGAAGAUUGAGUGUGUGGGUGAUGAUAUUGCCUGGAUGAAAUUUGAUGAACAAGGCAACUUAAGGGCAAUCAAUCCAGAAAAUGGCUUUUUUGGUGUUGCCCCUGGAACCUCAGUCAAAACAAACCCAAAUGCUAUUAAAACCAUAUUCAAGAACACCAUAUUUACCAACGUAGCUGAAACAAGUGAUGGGGGUGUCUACUGGGAAGGCAUUGAUGAGCCAUUGCCACCAGGAGUAACACUGACUUCAUGGAAGAAUAAGGAUUGGACUCCAGAUAACGGGGAACCUUGUGCUCAUCCCAACUCACGGUUCUGCACUCCAGCCACCCAGUGCCCCAUCAUGGACCCUGCAUGGGAAUCACCUGAAGGUGUGCCCAUUGAGGGGAUAAUAUUUGGAGGCCGCAGACCUACUGGUGUGCCUCUUGUAUACGAGGCCUUUAACUGGCAGCAUGGAGUAUUUAUAGGAGCAGCUAUGAGAUCUGAAGCAACAGCAGCUGCUGAGCACAAAGGAAAAAUUAUUAUGCACGAUCCAUUUGCCAUGAGACCUUUUUUUGGCUACAAUUUUGGCAAGUACUUAGCACACUGGCUUAGCAUGGCACACCGCCCGGCAGCAAAACUACCAAGGAUCUUUCAUGUUAAUUGGUUCCGGAAAGACAGCCAAGGGAAAUUCCUGUGGCCUGGCUAUGGAGAGAAUUCCCGUGUGCUGGAGUGGAUGUUCAACAGAAUUCAAGGGAAAGCCUCUGCCAAGACAACUGCCAUAGGUUACAUCCCUGCUGACACUGCUUUGAACUUGAAGGGCUUAGAAGACAUCAACUUAACUGAACUGUUUAAUAUCUCCAAAGAGUUCUGGGAAAAGGAGGUGGAAGAAAUCAAACAGUACUUUGAAGGGCAAGUUAAUGCUGACCUUCCCUAUGAAAUAGAAAGAGAAAUGCUUGCUUUGGAGAUGAGAAUAAAGCAGUUGUAGCUGAUCAGAAAUACAAUUAUCAAUCCACACGUUCUGUAACAGGAUAGAAACAUUUCACCAAAUCACCACUGAAAGCACAGCAGCACACUGAUGAGCAGGGGUUGUGAUGAAAAGCAGGUCUUAGUUUAGUUAGACGACAGGUAAAGGCAUCCUAGAAAUAACUCCAGACCUGUUGAUUUAUAACUACAUCAGUUGUUGAGUAUUGUUGAGCAGCUGUGGGAAUCUGUGAGCACACAGUCUUAAAACUGUGAUCUGUCACUUGCAUGCACAAUUCUGCACAUACCCAUGAUGUAUGUAAAUUGCUUGCUGACAGCUCUGUAGGUAUAAUCCAGCCUGCAAGGUGUAGCACAUUGCUUCACAACUGCACAUAAACCACAAGAGUUUCAGAUUAAUUUUGUUUUUCAUAUUUUAGCAGCAUCACUUACAGGAAAGAAUGACAAAUGUUGUAUAUAUGUAUUAUCUAAGCAUACUUCAUGACUUAAAUGUAUUGUAGAAAAACACAGUUGUAACUUUUAUCAGAGUGAAAGAUGACUUUGUAUUACUAAUGCAUAUUUAAGAUAUUGCUAUUAUAUAUGCCUCAUGUUCCUGUGAUUUCCAGAUGUUUUACAUGGCUUAUUCUUUAAACUAUUGAAAUAAAAGUUUAUACAAAACGUGA